GCUAAUCUCACACCCCUUUUUCCCUUUAAGAAUUGUAUAUGAAGAAGGUGAUGUUAGUCCAUGGAAUUCAGAAUGCUAAAACAAAUUAAUUGUACUGAUCAUAUAUAGAAGUGAAGUGAGUGAUCAGUGUCAGCAGAUUUUGAAAGAAUGAUGAUGAGGGACAUGAAGGGUAGAGUACUUUUCCUUGUGGCAUUGCUGAUGUUUCUGUUGGCAUCAGAGGUGUUGAUUUUGGAGGCUGAGGGUGCUGGAGGAGAAUGUGGAAAGACCCCUAUAGGGUCUGCAGCUGCUAGCCUAAGCCCAUGCUUGGGUGCAGUUAGCAAUGUGAAGGCAAAGGUUCCAUUGGCUUGUUGUGCAAGAGUUGGUGCUUUGCUCAAGACUGCUCCAAGGUGCCUCUGUGCUGUUCUCUUGUCACCUCUGGCCAAGCAAGCUAAGAUCAACCCUGCCACAGCCAUCACCAUUCCAAAGAGAUGCAAUAUCAGGAACCGACCUGCUGGGAAGAAAUGUGGAAGAUACACUCUACCUUGAAAUCAAAACAAUGGAAUAAUAAUAUGCAGUAUUAAGCAGAUUAGAGAGCUAAAUAAGUGCACGCAGUCAUAUGGCAUCUUCUACCGGGAGAGUGACCUGUUUCGAUUGUGGCAUUGUGGUUUGCUGUGUAUUGUUAUUUGUUAAAGUCACAUAACUUAUGUCUUGUUUGUCAUGAUAAUAUUAUAGAUUAUGUCAUCUGCCCCACUUAAUACCAUUUCUUCCCCUUUUAUUGUGA